AUGGAGCAUUAUGCCCUGCAAAAGCUGAGCCCAAAGGCCAUCUCAUACUACGCCUCCGGAACCGAUGACGAGGUCACUAAGAUUGCGAACGGCACCAUCUUCCGUUCCAUCCUCCUACGACCACGGGUCUUUGUUGACUGUACCCGGUGCUCCUUGUCGACCAGUCUCCUUGGGAGUGCAGUCGGAAUGCCAAUCUACGUCUCGCCCGCGGCCAUGGCCAGAUUGGCGCACCCGAUAGGCGAGGCAGGCAUCGCAGCAGCGUGCUCAAAGUUCAAGGGCUUGCAGCUCAUUAGCAAGAAUGCCUCAAUGUCCCCGUCGGCAAUUGUCCAGGCCGGGCCAGACGCGACUUUUGCUUGGCAGCUCUACGUCCUAAAAGAUAUCGAAGCGACCGAGAAGACAUUGGCACAGAUACGAGCCAUUCCUCAAAUCAAGUUCAUCGUACUCACACUAGACGCGCCAUUUCCCGGAAAGCGAGAAGCAGAUGAGCGGUUCAAGAUGGCGGAGGUUGCGGGAGGCGCGCCGCCGGGGGUAUGGGGCACGGAGUCGGGACUCACGUGGAAGAAGACAUUGGCGUGGCUGUCCAAACAUACAUCCCUCCCGAUCGUGUUGAAAGGCAUCCAGACGCACGAGGAUGCGUACGCGGCGACCCUAUCCCCGAGCGUUAAGGGCAUCAUCAUUUCCAACCAUGGCGGACGGGCUCUGGACACGACGAUGACGCCUGUCCAAGUGCUUCUGGAGAUUCGGAAGUUCUGCCCAGAGGUCUUUGACAAGAUUGAUGUUCUCGUCGAUGGAGGUAUCAAAAGAGGUACAGACGUCGUCAAAGCUCUAGCUUUGGGAGCCAAGGGUGUAGGUAUCGGGAGAGCUGCGCUUUACAGCUUAGCGGUAGGGGGACAAGCCGGGGUAGAAAGGGCAUUACAGAUUCUUGCAGACGAAACUAUCACAACGAUGAGGCUACUUGGUGUUGAGCGUGUGGAUCAACUUGGGCCGAGACAUAUCAACACGAAUGUCUUACAAGCGCAGCUAUACGGGGGACCGUCCGGCCUGGAAGCGAUAGAUGCGGAGCUGAAGUCAAAGCUGUAA